AUGCCAUUGGGCAAGGCAUAUAGUGAAGAGCAGAAGCUGCAAGUCCGCUCCUUGCUCGAGGCUGGCAGGGAUGAGGAAGCUAUCGAGAAAGACACCGGCGUGUCAGACCGGACGGUCAGACGAUGGAAGCUGGAGCUAGAGCGGACGGGUAGGAUUGGCAAGCCGCCAGAGAGUCGGACGGGCCGGCAUCGAGUGCUGAAUGCAGAUGUGGAAGCUGCGCUUUUCGAUUAUGUUCAGGGCAAGGACAUGUCGGUAGAUGACAUGCUAUGGUGGCUAUACGAUACAUACAAGAUCGUCGUCGGCACCCGUACCAUUCGUCGAGUCUUCGAACGGAAAGGCGACAAGAUUAAACUCGGGACUCCUAGGGGUGCAAACCUCACGGCUCCCGACAACGACGAUAAUGACGGCAACGAUGGCAAUGAGGAUGAGCCUCCAGAUCAGCAAGAUGUAGAAGCCCCGCUUGCAUCCUACCAGUCACCGUACGCUCCGAUAGCGAACAAUGCGGAGCAACAGCUUGCGCAAGCAUUGCAGCAGCAUGCUGAGCAGACCUACGACGGCCCCGUCAACUUCGAGACCGAACUGCCGGAAGACGAGGAGACCAUACAGUUGCAACUACAGCAGAUUGCCUUGCAGAGACGCGAGGUUGAGCUUAAGCUGCAGAUGAAGCGGCUACAGAAAGGCAAGAAGGGUGGCAAGAAGGGCUCUCCAUCGACGAGUGUCCUCUACAACCCUUCAGCCUCGGCCUCCGCCGAUACGCCAAAGCGCGACUCGCGCAGUAAGAAGAAAAUCGAGGAGGCCAGGAGGCGGACCGCAGAGCGCCAAGAGCGUAUGCUCCGUGAUUUGGAGCGCCGCAGCCGUCGUAGAGACCACCUCACCGCGGAGUGGGUCGAGAGCAAAGACAUCUGGCCUUUGCGCGCUCAGUCUGUGCUCGCCAAUCUGAUGCAUCAGUACGGCUGCUACUCUUUCUCGCACAGCAACGUGCAGACAUUCGAGCAGAUGUACAGUGAUCUUUACACCCUCGUCGACCACGAAAAGGGCGACUGGAGCCAGCCACACCACGACGAGCUUCUGCGUGAGCGCAUGAAGCGCAAAGUCGCCCAGCUGCGGAGCAAAAUGGCCAAGACGGGCGAGAUUGUGGGACGCGGCGAUGCUUACGGAGGUUGGCAGCGCGCCGAGAACUAUACUGGCGAAGCUGCUGGUGAUGCCGAAGGCGACGACACCGAGAUCCCCAUUGACAGCCAACUUCAGCAGCAAGGCGGGGCGCAACAGCCAGGCCAGCAGCAGCAGGUGAUUGCGGAACAGCCGUCUCCGUACGCGCCGAUGGUGAACAGUCAUCACCACCUUCAGCAGCCGCAACAACAGCAACCGACGGCUCAGAUGUCGCACACGCAGGGUAUGCCUUAUCAGUAUCCGAUGUUGCCGUAUGCCAUGAACGGGCAGAGUGGGAUGCCAAGUCAGGAAGGUAUGGUGUUGUAG